AUGGAGGGCGAGGCCGGCGGCGGCGGCGGCGGCGGCGGCAGCAGCAGCUCGGCCCGGCUCCUGCAGCAGAUCCUGAGCCUGCAGCUGGUGCCCAGGGUGGGCAACGAGACCCUGUGCCCCAACAUCACCGCCCUCUGCUCCUUCCCAGAGAUGUGGUAUGGUGUGUUCCUGUGGGCACUGGUGUCUUCUCUGUCCUUCCACGUACCUGCUGGAUUACUGGCCCUUUUCACCCUCAGACAUCACAAAUAUGGUAGGUUCAUGUCUGUAAGCAUCCUGUUGAUGGGCAUCGUGGGACCAAUUACUGCUGGAAUCUUGACAAGUGCAGCAAUUGCUGGAGUUUACAGAGCUGCAGGGAAAGAAAUGAUCUCCUUGGAAGCCCUCACCCUUGGUGUUGGGCAGACAUUUUGUGUCGUGCUGGUUUCCUUUUUACGGAUUUUAGCAACUUUGUAGCGUUCCACUGGAGCAUCGCGGCAAAAAGAGAAACUCACGAAUAGGACUUCCGACUCACCGAUGAAGCGAAAGUCCUGAAUAUAGUAAUUUAUUGAAAAUUUUUCAUGAGGAGACUUUUAUGGAGGACUGACUUGGCAGUGUCUACCUGGGAAAUUUCAACCAGUUGCUUCGAUAUGGGAGUGAAGGCCCAGUGUCCUCAAGUCAGGUCUUCAAUUUGGAGAAGAAUUGGACAGAAGAUAUUUUUGGAGCCCUCCAGAUUUCAUGAGGACAAAAGAGGUUGUACCGACUGUUCUCUUUGAAGAUAUUUCGAUAAUUUAUGUGCUUGUCCAACUGUACUUUUACACAAACCCGCCCAGCCCCACAUUGGGAUUGUUCAUCCCUCGGUACCGCCUUUCACCGGCUUCUACCGGAUCAUGCGAUGUGGAAUAUUUCAGAGGAACUACAGUAAACCUGGGGCAGAUUCAGAGCAGAGUAUUCUUUGUGCUAAAUCUCUUGAGUUGCUUAGGAUGGGAUUUAAAGCGUGCUCAUUAGACCUUUUUAUUUUGUUACAUUUUUGUAACAGUGUGCCAAGUAGGUUUUUGAUGGUGAGCGAAAUACGGUAGAUGCAAAAAAGUGCAAAAAAGUAGUCGAAAAUAACUACUGAGCGGCGUGAUAUUGAAAGACAGGGAUUUUGACCUCUACGUAACAUUUUGUAAUGAACGUUUUGUAAGAUGUGAUCCUGCAGUUUUGUAGCACAUUAAGCCUGCUAGCUGAAGCGCUCCCUGAACCCAUCAAAUGCACCGUCUCCUGCGCCCUUUGUCUCUUACUGCAUCCAUUUAUGUUGUCGGUGGCUGUUAGUGACCAGAAUUGAAAAUCUGUUCUAUUGGUGAACGUGUUUUCGCUGGGAAAGCCAGAUGGAUUGGUAAAAUGGUAAAGCCUACUCUAGUGUAAGCUUACCUAGCUGGGUUUAUAUGCUGGUGGAAGAUGAUUGGUAAAAGUACAGACUUGAACAAAUUAGUACAUUUGGCCCAUGGUCGUAAGGAGUCCGAAUCUCCUAGGGUUGAACGUGGUUCACUGGCAGGAAGUUUGGUUCUUGAGGAGGAAUAUUAAUUCCUUCCGGCCACAAGGACCUAAUUGAAUGCAGCGCUCCCCUCUGCAGUUCUCCAUGUGGUCUCCCAGCAGGCUGAAAAAGUUAAUGCCCCUCCCAAAGAGCCUAACUUUCUACUAGGAUGUAGAUGUUGGAACUAAGCAAAUUGGACCUUAAAUUAUGUUUACAUUUUUUGUUUAGUGGUGAUUGUUACCAAGUUAAAAUAUCGUCUUACUGCUUCAGAAGUCUUUUGAAUCCAAGGAAGUGCCUGAAGUUUCUCCUCCCCCUCCAAAACACCAUCCUCUUUCUCCCAUCUUGUCCCGCUCCUCUAACCGAAGCUUGAGAUCUCUCUCAAACUCGUCCAAGAAAACAUUAGGUUGAGGCCCAGAACCCAAAGACAUUAGUUGACUAGCAAAUACGGUCAUUUAAUCAGUAGACUCGAGAACCAUCAUCCUCAAAAGAUUAAAGGUGAAUUGUCUCUCCCUAAGAAUGCAGUCAGUAUUAGCUUUCUUGAUGCGUUUCUGGAAUUUUUGAGAGUGCUUGAAGGCAACUCCACCUAAGUCAAUAAAACAUUUGGUCUCAGAAUGAAAGCUCUUACUCCAGGUAUCUCUGAAUACAAGUGUAGGUUUACAUUCCUGAUGAAUCAACCCUGCAUUAAGGAAAAGUUGCACCAGAGUAUGCACGUCUUGAUUAGUACUGUGCCUAUACAUAUAUAUAUGUAACUGCCUUUUCCAACAUCGCAUUACAUCCUAUCCUUGUAGACACCUGCUGUCGGAAGCUUGUUUCCUAAUUCAGUGAUGGCGUUCUACCCACAACGCAGAACGAAAACCUGCUUUCUGGAAGAACCGAGUGGAUUUUAAAUUUGUUUCAUUAUUUCAGACUCAUGUGGUCUGACUACCCAUUUCGUGCGAAGAUAAUAUUCACCUCUUACUUUCUUAACAUAAUUUUAGUAGUUCUCCUGUAUGGGAAAAUCACAAACUAUUUCCAUCGGGAAUAAAAAUAAAAAUUAGCUAGAAUUGUGCUCUGACUAUCCACUCAGCAUAAAUGGAGGCAGGAAAACAACCCUUUCUCAAAAGGUGGUCUUUGUCCAAAGUUUGUGUCAUGCCCUCUGCAAAGGGGAAAACUAAGUAGUGUUCUAAUUGUUGUGCAUUUCUCCCCAAAAUUAAAAUCUUGUUUUCUCUGUCAAUGUUAUCCCAUGUGCAAAAGCUUGUAAAUACCUGUCAUUGGAAUAAUUGUAAUUGUUCCCUUUCCUUGAAGACAUCUCAAGCCUUUUGCUAGGUUUAACCCGUAGAAAACUGGCAGGUUUUAUUUCCAAAUACAAGUCACUGCCCAAAUAUUAGGUGUUCAGGAACUUUUAUCCUCAUAUUUUUUCCUUAAUUUUUUCGAUGUACUUCCCUGCAAGCACAGCAGUUGGGAUUUGCCCGAUAGAGAGUAGUUGCAGAUCUUUGCAUUUUAGAUCAGUUCAGCAUGUAUGUUUAAACCAAUUUUAUGCACCGCUGAUGAAAUCUUGUCUCAGGCAACAGAUGCUUUCUUUUUCCUCUGUGUGAUCCUAAGGCCUCACAGUAGGUCCUUUCUUUGUAUACUUAAGUUUAACUGAGCCAAAAUGUUGUCUUUAAGAAAAUCUCAAGACAGAGGGUGGGGUUACCGAUCCCUAGAAUGCAAGGGGUCCAGGUGUGGCUGGAUUUCAUUUGAGAUUUUCUCUUUCAUCUUGUCCCAUUCAAGGAUGCCUACUUUUAAGCCAAAAAAACACAAACCCUCAGGAUUAUUAUUUUGCAGAGAUGCCGCUUAACAUUAUUCUUGAGAAUAUUGUUGCCAUCCAGGACUUCAGGGAUCUACUUGUAUCUUUUAUUUGUAUUCUCUGUUCUGUUUAAGUCACUUUGUCGAUACAGCUCUCUUCCUGACUUAAUUUGAUUUCUUGGGGGCUGUUUUUAAAUCUGUUCUCUGUUUCUCCCCGAUUUUUGUUUUUGUCUGUUACUGAGGCCUGCUGGGUUUCUAUUUACCGAGCAUUGGUUGCUAAGUAAGGAAUUGCCAACAGUGGAAAUUUGGAACCCAGUCUCAGAAUCUUCUUUUCCCAGCCCUUCUUUAUCCCCUGCCUCCUAUACCCUUUCUCCUUUUUAAAGAGGGUAUUUAUAAUAUUUGUAAUCUUACUCUACGUUUAAUUUAUCCCAAUUAAAACCCAACCGGGUUUUCAGUUGGAAUUUGCUGCAGCUCCCAACAGGCCAAGUAACCGUCAGCCCUUUUAAUGAAGAAUGGAUGGGACAGAGUGAUCCCGACUCAACUUAAAUCAAAAACCUCAAGCAUCUUCAAUUAACUCUAGCGGGUCUACAGAUUUUCCCCGGGUUUCAAAAUGAUGGGAACAUAUCUUUUGCACUCUCCAAAGCUUGCUCUGGUCACUUGUGAAUGCGUCUAACGCCAUUUUUCGGCUUUCCGCAACUUUUGUUCUUUCUUGGGGUGAUCGCUCGUUGAAAAAAAUCCUUAAUUUGAAUCUGUCACAUUUUGGGAGGGAAAGAGCAUAAGAAACCCUGGAGAAAAAUCAAAAUAACAUGCAGUAGGUGAGCUGACAUUCCAGAUCGACUUGUCUACCUUGGACAUACUUUCUGGCAAAAGUAUUACUUGUUGGGUGUAUGUUCUUCAUUCAGAUUUUGUUGACAUUUCGGCUCCACCAGUUUUUGCCAACUGUCAUCUGACUAGGCAGUUGAAUCCUUCGGUGAAGAGGGGGAAUGCAGGGCUUUGUGGAUUUUUGAAAUUUAUUUGUAGUUUUUGAGGUUGCUUCUCAGAUCCCGGUUGUCCCCGAAGAGAUGAAUAAACUACCUCUGAUAAACAUUCUCUUCAUCUUCUUGCCGGCAGCAAAAUGUCUCGUUGCUAUCGUGAACGAUAAAUCCUGCUACCCUCCGGCUUGGCCCCAGAUCUCCAAGACCAAAGGAUCUUUCUCCUUCCCAAUAAUGACCAUUUAGACUUUUGAGUUUGCCCGGAGAAAUGGGAAUCUAUUUUCCCUUCUGCUGAGCAACGAAUAUCCUCAGGACUCUUAGCCCCCCAGUGACUCAGGAAUGAAUGAAUGUCGUAGACUUCUUUUCCUUGAAGCCCACUGGACUGUGUGAAUGUAAAAUUAGAUUUGAAGAUGGAGGACCUCGCUACCUAGUCUCCUCCUCGUCUUUUCUCUCUUAAAAAUUAAAAAAAAAAAGAUUUCCAAAAGGAUAAUAGAGAUGGCUUGAAAGGGACGCUACAAAAACAGCGGCUAACCUAGAGUGUGUGCCCGCAGGAUCAUAUGCAAGGUUUGAGACUUUUCUUUUAAAAAUACCCAUAAAUUGAGCUCAGGGGAUAGUUAUGUUAAAAAGUCGAAACUUUAGUGUGAGAAGAUAUCAUUUAAUUUAUCUGUAGAGUGGGAUGUAAUUUUGAUCCUACUCUUCUGGAGUUAUUUAUGCUGCCCAUGGAGAGAGUCUCUGAAGUGUCCUUUGGAAAAGAUUAAAUUCAUCUCCUUAUUGAACGGCCCCGUUUGUCGUUAGCGUCGAUACUAACGCCUUUUCUUCCUCCGAUCCCCACUAUUUACUGAUCCUUAAUGGUUGUGAUCGAUGUUAAAAAGUUUAGCUUUUCUGUUUGAGCCAGAGCAUAUAAAUAAAAUUAAGGGGCAUCUCGGUUUCCAUCUGCUUAUUAUUUUAUCUCUGUGGAUACCUGCUCAUGUUUUUUGUUGUUUAUUUUUUCCAGUUUACAGAAUAAUAUAUUCCUUUACGUUCUUGGACGUUGCCUUAUGCAGGAUAUUAUGUGGUCAGGCCUCGUAUGUGACACUCUGAAUGAUUUACUUUAAUGUACAUAGAUCCUAUGUGAAAUAGAAAUUGUGUUGCUUGAAUGAAGUCUUCAGGGAACGAUUAUUUAUGUAAAGAUGAACAAUCAAACUCUGCACUUGCCUGUCUCAGCUUCGUAUACGAUUUAAAGUCACUGGGGAGGGGUGGGAGUGGGAAUUCAGUCAGGAGGUGUAGUUCUUGCCGUUUUGUGUCAGGCGCUCUCGUAUGUGUAGUUUUUAGAAAAGGUCACAUUCUCAAACUACAAAGACGUCCUAAAAACUUUAUGGGCAGAUGUAUUCUCCUCCCCCAAAUCCCUCCCACGUAAUGGAAGGUUCACUUUUAAAACCAUUUUUGUGCCUCCACUUUCCAUUUCCCUGUUCUCCCCCACCGUCAACCCCCUCAGCUGACUUCUUUCUUUUUCCACUUUUUUGGUUAUGAGAAUCAUUAGGGGGGAAAAGAUAUUCUUCGUGAAAAUGCGUGAAUGGAGUCGGUGAAAUGAAACGGAUUUAACCGUCCCGACGUCGAAGGAGAAGAUGGCGGGAACAGAAGCCCCGUUGAAUCCCGUCAGCACUGCCUCUCACCGUCUAGCUCGUGCUUACUUCUUAGUAACAGAAACACGACCUCUUAUGAAUUGUUGAAGCCGGUGAAGUCACGUUCUUGCAGAACAUUGCUUCCUACUCCGUCCCGGUUUUCCAGAAAAAUCAUCCAUCAGUCAGUCCAGUAAGCUCUCCGGGGCUGUGCAUUCCACUCUGCUGAACUUCGCUGACAGCCCUGGUUGGAAUUGUUCUCGCACUGUAAAGCGUCACCCAAAACCAAGGAACCGUGGCUUAGAAUGUAAAGCACAGGUGCCCGAGCAUCCCGUACAAGCUUUUUUCUUCUUCUUUUUCCAUUUGUUGAGCACACUCUGCUGGUUGGGACUCAAACCAGCUUAACUUUUGUAUUAGAUUGUUUCACUAACUGCUAGAGAUGAUACGAUCAAAUCUUUGUAUGAUAGAAAAUGAAUACUUUACAUUUUAUUUUUCUACUGACAUUUCUAAUUCUGGUGUCUAUGUUUAUCAAUAAAAAAAAUUAACAGUC